GGCAGAUUGGAUUCCAAUUCAUCUCAUACGCUGGUUAUGUGGGGAGUCGACGGCCGAAUGAAAUCUAGAAAGCUCUUAUUUUUUUCUCUUUUUCUUUUCUCUUCUUCGGUUUGCCUAAGGAAUUUCUUUUAGUUUAUUCUUCUACUGGUUGUUUUCCUCUGUACGAAACGAGUUCGUCCGAGUGUUGAAGCAUUUAUGUCAUGUUCUGAUUGUUAUUCUGAAUGAGGAUAACUACUUAUUUCCUUGUAUGAAGGAGUAUUGUUGUUAUUCUAUGGUGGUUGCUCUUAAACACAUGGGUUUUUUAAGUGCUUAUAAAUGGACACGAAAGUCCAUUUCAACAGCUUUGCGCCACUGUGGGGAAUCAUGGAUUUGAACCGCAUUGCAAUAGCUUUGCGCCACUGCGGGAAAGUUCAAGCUCUCAAUCAUGGCAGAAGACUUCAUUCUGAUUUGAUCAAAACCGGGGUUUUGAAUAACGUGUUCCUUGCCAACAAUCUGAUAUCCAUGUAUGUGGAGUUAUGUCAUUUGAAAUAUGCACACAAGGUGUUCGAUGAGAUGCUUGAAAGAAAUGUGGUUUCGUGGACCACCAUGGUCUCUGCGUAUACUAGUAGUGGAAAACCUCAGGAAGCUCUUGGAAUAUAUAAUCAGAUGUUGGAGUUUGGUUCAGAGGAACCGAACGGGUUUAUGUACUCUGCAGCUCUUAAAGCAUGUGGUCUGGCGGGUGAUUUGGAAUUGGGAAAAUUAAUUCAUAAGAGAGUUUCUGGAGGUGAAUUCCAGUUUGACAUUGUUUUGAUGAAUACCCUUUUGGACAUGUAUGUCAGAUGUGGAAGUUUGAGCGAUGCCAGGAGUGUUUUUGAUGAGAUUUUGUGCAAGAAUGCAAUUACUUGGAACACAAUCAUUUCAGGGUACUGUAAAGAAGGUUUGAUGGAAGAGGCGGUGGAUUUGUUUUAUCAAAUUCCAGAACCGAAUGCUGUAUCCUGGAACAGCAUCAUUGCUGGUUUUGCAGAUAAUGAAAGCCAUCUUGCAUUAGAUUUUGUGCACAUGAUGCACAGAGAAGGCCUUAAGCUUGAUGGAUUCACAUUUCCUUGCGCUCUUAAAUCCUGCUGUAGCCAUGGUUUCAUAGCUUCUGGGAAACAGAUUCACUCAUAUGUUGUUAAGUCAGGUUAUGAGUCUGAUUGUUUUACUGUAUCAGCUCUUGUUGACAUGUACUCAAAUUGUAAUAUAUUAAAUGAAGCGAUAAAGCUAUUUGAUCUAUACUCUGGUUGUAAUGCUUCUGCUUGUGAUAGCAUGGCACUUUGGAAUUCUAUGCUUUCUGGAUAUGUUGUCAAUGAGCAAUAUGGAGCUGCUUUCAACCUGGUUUCACAAAUCCAUCAAUGGGCUGCAUAUUUUGAUGCCUAUACUUUUGGUAGUACUUUAAAAGUCUGCAUCCACUUAUGUAAUUUAAGACUUGGUCGUCAAGUGCAUGGUUUGAUUGUCACAAAUGGGUAUGGGUUAGAUAAUGUUGUUGGAAGCAUUCUUAUUGAUCUAUAUGCAAAGCACGGAAAUAUUAGGGACGCACUAGGAUUAUUUCUUAGGCUUCAGAAGAAAGAUAUUGUAGUCUGGUCUGGUUUAGUUGCAGGGUGUGCUAGAAUGGGUUUAGGCUCACUGGUCUUUUCCCUAUUCGAAGAUAUGGUCAAUUUGGGUCUUGACGUAGAUCAGUUUGUUGUUUCAAAUGUUCUAAAGGUUUGUUCAAGUUUAGCAUCUAUUCGAAGUGGAAAACAGACUCAUGCUUUCUGUGUUAAGAGUGGAUAUGACACAGAGGAGGUUACAGUAACAGCUCUGAUUGACAUGUACUCAAAAUGUGGUGAUAUUGAAGAUGGGUUAGCUUUGUUUGAUUCUAUGCCAAAAAAGGACGUUGUGUGUUGGACAGGGAUCAUUGUGGGAUGUGGGCAUAAUGGAAGAUCAGGGGAUGCAAUUAAAAUUUUUUGUAAGAUGGUAGAGUUGGGUUUGAAGCCAAAUGAAAUUACCUUUACAGGUGUUCUUUCUGCCUGUAGACAUGCUGGCUUGGUUGAAGAGGCGCGGACCAUAUUUCAGUCCAUGAAAACAGAACAUGGAGUGGAACCGCAAUUGGAGCACUAUCAUUGCAUUAUUGAUCUUCUUGGCCAAGCUGGAUACUUCAAUGAGGCAGAAAAAUUGAUUGCUGACAUGCCUUUUGAGCCUAACAAAGCCAUAUGGUUCUCGUUGCUUAGGGCCUGUGGAACCCACAGGAAUAUGGAACUGGUUAAUAUAAUUACUCAACACCUUCUUGCAUCCUCACCAGAAGACCCUUCAGUGUAUGUGACACUUGGCAAUGUUUAUGCAACAUUUGGAUUGUGGGAUAGUUUAAGCAAGGCGAGGGAAGCAGUCAAGGAAGUGGGCACAAGAGAAGCUGGAAAAAGCUGGAUUGAGAGAAUUUGAGAUACCUGGCUAAGCAAUACAGCUUUACUGCAUUGCAUAGUGCGACUGGGUUGUCUAAUACUUGAACCAAGUCCUAGCAUGUGUGUGGAACAGUGAUCAUCCGUGUUUAAAGUUAAGGCCCCUUUAUAUGGCAAACAACCCUAUCGCAAGAUAUGGAAAUAUCACAAUGUAUAUGACUUUUGGAAGUAUCUGGAAAAGCUUGGUAGCUCAAUUGACAGAGAUGCUGCAUUGCAGUUAUGGGAGUCUUCUGGCCCUAGUGGUUACAUGAUUGUUGAGGUUAAUGGUGGUCUUAAUCAACAACACUUUGAGAUAAGCUUAGACCAACAAUGGAUGUUCUGAGACAGGAAAUUCAUCAUAAACUAAAUUCAAUUGUGGAGGAAUGCAUUGAUUGCAUGAAGCAGACAUACUAUGAAUUGGUGGCUCUAUGUAAUCCACUUUUGAUAUGAAAUUUCAUAUAUUGUAAUUUGUGUUUUGUAAUGUAAUGUAUAAAUACCAAAUAAUGAAAUAUGUGGUGAUUGCA